GGUUCUGAGAUCCACCUGUUCUGCUGCAGGGACAGAUGAGAGGGCGCAGAUCGACAGGCGCUAGCUCCUCCUGGUGUGGAGGGCUGUGUGUGUGUAAUUGGGCCGGCGUGAGGUCCAUGUUCACAAGGUCUGACCGCUGGCACCUGCUGCCCAGAUAGUUUCCACAUUGAGGAAUGCGAGGGGCGGCCUCGCUGGACGCGUCCUGCUGAUGCACUGGUUAUUCCUGUCAUUAUUUUAAUUUCCCCCGUCUUGAGACCUGAGCUGGGGCACCGCGGCUUUGGGAGCACACUUCAUUCAGGCUGUGUGCUCCCGGUGGGAGAAGGGGGAAUACACAGUCAUGCCCCGUUCCUUCCUGAUCAAGAAACACUUCAGCACCAAGAAACCCAACUACAGUCAACUGGAGAUCCAGAAUGCCUCGGCUAUUUUGCCAUAUCUAUACGAGGGAUUGACAUUUCCACUGAUGGCACCGCCUGAAGUUCUCGCCCCCAUCAGUUGUGACCCACCAGCACUGUGGGACAGGGCUCCAAUCAGUCUCCGAAUGUGCCUGCCCCUGCCCCUGCCCCUGGAUGCUGAGAUUGGAACAGAAGCAUCAUUCAGCAGCCAGCCAGGCCUGCAGAUCAGUGUGAAGGAAUGCCUGGCUGUCAGGGACAGCAACACCCCACUAAGGAACACUGUGAAUGACCUCAGCCUGUCCCUUUCCAAAAGAGCCAAGAGAAGGGAGACAAACAAUGGCACAUUUAAAGGAGACGGUGAAACCCAGGAGAAAACCCUUGAGGUUGAAAGUGCUGUUGAAGCAAUCCUGGAGAGGUUUGAGUGUUUUCAUUGUCACAAGGCAUACAAUACUUCAUCUGGUCUUUCUAAACACAGACAGCUGCAUUGUGAAUCACAGACUACAAAAUAUUUUAACUGCAAGUAUUGUGAUAAGGAAUAUGUCAGCCUGGGUGCAUUGAAGAUGCACAUAAGGACUCACACUCUGCCCUGUGUCUGCAAAAUCUGUGGCAAAGCCUUCUCGAGACCAUGGCUCCUCCAGGGGCACAUCAGAACACAUACCGGGGAGAAGCCGUUUGCCUGUCCACACUGCAGCAGGGCUUUUGCAGAUCGCUCAAACCUGCGUGCACAUCUGCAGACACACUCGGAUGUGAAGAGAUAUCAUUGCAAGAGCUGCUCAAAGACUUUCUCCAGAAUGUCUCUUCUAUCCAAACACAAGGAAGCCGGAUGCUGCCCCUUAUCUUGAUGCAAACUCUGUGAUAUUAUUAAAUUCUGAUUUGAUAGCAGGCUGGAGUUUUGCAAAGUGUUGAGGGCCUAUUAUUUUAGCAUUAUAUCAUUGAACAUGGUUGCGAAAUGCUGUACUUGUUGGUUUGUUAACUCUCAAAAUAAUUUCACCCUAAUGGAGACCUGCAGAUGUAAUCGGCUAAAGCUCUACCAAUGUUGACUCUACUAGUUAUGACAUAAAACCAUUUUGUCCAUGGAACAUAGAGUGGUACUACUGCACAAGAAGAGGCCCUUUGGCCCACACUGCCUGUGCUGAACAUGCUGCCAAGACAUAGAAACAUAGAAAUUAGGUGCAGGAGUAGGCCAUUCGGCCCUUCGAGCCUGCACCGCCAUUCAAUAUGAUCAUGGCUGAUCAUCCAACUCAGUAUCCCGUACCUGCCUUCUCUCCAUACCCUCUGAUCCCCUUAGCCACAAGGGCCACAUCUAACUCCCUCUUAAAUAUAGCCAAUGAACUGGCCUCGAAUACCCUCUGCGGCAGAGAGUUCCAGAGAUUCACCACUCUCUGUGUGAAAAAAGUUCUUCUCAUCUCGGUUUUAAAGGAUUUCCCCCUUAUCCUUAAGCUGUGACCCCUUGUCCUGGACUUCCCCAACAUCGGGAGCAAUCUUCCUGCAUCUAGCCUGUCCAACCCCUUAAGAAUUUUGUAAGUUUCUAUAAGAUCCCCCCUCAAUCUCCUAAAUUCUAGAGAGUAUAAACCAAGUCUAUCCAGUCUUUCUUCAUAAGACAGUCCUGACAUCCCAGGAAUCAGUCUGGUGAACCUUCUCUGCACUCCCUCUAUGGCAAUAAUGUCCUUCCUCGGAUUUGGAGACCAAAACUGUACGCAAUACUCCAAGACCAUAUCCAUCCAUUCCCUGCAUAUCUGCAUGUCUAUCCAAAGUCUCUUAAAUACCUCUAUUGUAUCUGCUGCAACCAUCACAGCGUGUUACAGGCACUCGCUGCCCUCUGUUUUAUGAAAAAAAAAUUGCCUUGCACAUCUCCAUUAAACUUUGCCCCUCUCACUAGAAAACUAUUCCCUUUAUUAUUUGAUUAUUUCCAUCUUAGGAACAAGGUUCUGGCUGUCUACACUAUCUAAGCCUCAUAAUUUGAUAUACUUCUAUCGGGUUGCCCCACUCCCUCUAAUAUUCCAGAGAACAAAAUCCAAGUCUGUCCAGCCUCUCCCUGUAGCCAGUACCCUGUAUUCCACCCAUUAUUCUUCUAAACCCCCUCUGCCCCUUUUCAAAGGCUCCAGAACCUUCCUGUAAUGGGUGAAGAGAACUGCACGUAAUACUCCAAAUGUAGCCGCACCUAACCCCUAUAAAGCUGCAUCAUGCCUACCUGACUCUUAUACUCAUUUUCCCAACCUAUGAAAGCAACCAGACCAUAUGCUUUCUUUAACUCCCUAUCCACUUGUGUUUUGCCACUUUCAAUGAGUUAUGGGCUUGGACCCCAAGAUCCCUCUGUACACCAAUGUUGCUAAGGGUUAUGCCGUGAAUGUUAUAUUUUCCCCUUGCAUUUGACCUCACAAAGUGCAACACCUCACACUUGUUCAGAUUAGACUCCAUCUGCCAUGUGUCAGCCUAUUUUUGUAGUUGAGCUCUAUCCCACUGUAUACUUUGACAGUCUUCCUCAUAGUCUGUGACCCCAACAAUGUUGGUGUCAUUUGCAAACUUACUAACCAUUCAGUUUACGUUUAUAUUUAAGUCAUUUAUAUAUACCACAAUCAUCAGUCCCAACACAGAUCCCUGUGGAACUCCACUGGCCAGAGACCUCUAGCCAGAGUAUUGUCCUUCCUUCACAAUGCUCUAUCGGUCUUCUAUCGAUAGUCACUGUUAGUUCCGAAUCCAUACGACUAAGUCACUGUUAGUCCUGUUCAUCUUAAUCUUCUGGAUCAGCCUUCAAUGGGGGACUUCAUCAAAUGCCUUACUAAAAUCCAUGUUGACAACAUCCACCUUAAUGCUCUUCAAGAGCCUCAACACAUCCUCCUUUUUAAUCUCAAACUAUCCUUGCGUUUUGACAUUCUUCACACUGACCUCACAAUGUACUUCUCCUUGGUGAAAAUCUCGCCUAGACUCCAAGCAUCAAUUCCCUUCUUUAUCCUUGAGUAGUCCUACCUUCUCCCUGAUUACCACCUUGUUUUUAAUAUAGGUUUAAGAAGUUUGGGAUUUGCAUUCAACUGACUAAACAAAGGUAUUUCAUGGCCCCCUUUGGCCUG